AUGACUAGCGGAAUGGUAGGUCAUCCUUCUACCUCCGCGAUCGACCACGGCCUGUCUGGGUCUCUCGGGCCGCGCCUGCAAGCAAUCCAACCCAGCUUCAAAAUGAACCCGGGAGACCUCGGCAUCCUCAAAUCUACCCUCCUCCCCUCAAUCGGUAUAUACUCGUGCUUCUCGCUAGCAACAUUCAUCGCAGCGGAACGAACAAGGCGCGUUGAGUUGAAAGAUUGGCUUUGGCCGUCUGGCCAAGUCGCUACUGCAUGGUGGGCCGCGAUCGGCCGGCCCAUGUACGAAAAAGGAGUCUCAUUUUUGGACGCAUGGACAGGUCUAUCAUGGACUCAGAAGCUCCUUCUCGGGUGCGUGACUGCCUGGGGAGCGAGGCUGUUCGCACGUAUCGCGAGUCGCUCUUUGAAGCGCGGAGGUGACGAUCCGCGGUACGAGGCCAGUAAGAAAGAGCCCGGAUUCUGGAAGUCGGCGUUGUUCAAUAUGUUUCUUCCAGAGGCAGCUGUUCUCAGUGUUAUCUCUCUUCCCUUCACAGUGCCGUUCACCACGAGCGGUACCACUUUGUCCCUGACGACGACCACACUCGACACCGUUCGUGCUGCAGGGGCUGCGCUCUUUGGUAUUGGAUUCGGUAUGGAAGUACUGGCAGAUACACAGCUUGAGCUCCAUCGCCGGGAACGCUCUGAUCUGUGUCGUCAUGGUGUAUGGGGUCUGGUGCGCCAUCCUAACUACCUGGGCGACACCCUUGUCCACAUUUCAUUCGCUGUCUUGAACAUUGCAGAUUCUUUCAACCCGAUUGUCCUGCUUGGUCCGCUGGCGAAUUAUGCUUUCCUCCGCUAUGUUGGCGGAGACAAACAAACCGAAGCGAGCCAGGAGGAGCGCUAUCAAGCGGAUGACCCUAAGAAGUUCGGACAGCUCAAGAUGUGGCGAAAGGAGCAAAACAGCUUCUGGCCCUCUCUACGGGACCUCACCAAGCCCUGGGCUUUUGCGGUUGCGGGAUGUGGCCUUAUUGCUGUAGUUGUGGAAGAAGGACUACAAACCACCUUCGACAUGCAGUAA